GCGUGCUUUUGGCCGUACACGUUGGGCUCCCUUGGCCUUUUUUUCCGGGUUUUGGAAAGGGCACCACCAGAAGAAAGGUCUGGGAUGAAAGGGAGGCGUGAGUGACAUAACCAAGCCUGUUGCGUCCCAUGCUAGGGGACCAGGAAUAGCAAUGAGUUCUGAGCCUUCCCCGCGAUCCUCCAGAAAAGUUCCCUGGCGUUGAGGAAAGAAUUUGCCCGCAAAUCAGGAUCGGGUGACGGCGAUAGGUUUUCUUCUUGUACCCAGCACGUUUCGGUUCCGGGGUAGAGAGUUUGGAGGCUUCCUUCCAGAAGCUGCAUAUUGAAAUGGGAUUUGGAGUCAUCAUAAUGGAAGCAAAAUACAUGAAGGAAAAACAGUUAUUUUUAUACCAGCAUAUUGCACCUGACUACUAGUUACAAAUGGUUUUCUUUACCUAAGAAAAUUUGUGAUGCAAAUGAGAAGAUAGUUUUUUUCCCCUAGAUUCAUUGUUUACAAUAUGCUUUGCCUAAGAGCUAUUCGUCCAUUCUCCUGGAGAGUAUUUCACUUUCGACCCUUUAGUUUUGAACCAUUUAUUAGUCAGAUGAAUAAUUGUACAGAUGAAGAGCAAAUAUUCGGUCUUAUUGAAAAAAACAAAUCCCUACUUUCAGAAAAACAAGUGGGAUGUGCACUUAGUAUGCUUUGGCAGUUUCAAAAGCAGAAGACCAGCUCUGUAAAAAAUGUGGACUGUAUUAGAAACCAUCCCCAAUUUCUUACUCUUCGUAAUUUAGCUACAACUAAAAUGGGAUUCAUGAGCGACAGUACCUUGGUGAAUGUGUUAUACAUCAUACAACAGUUUGGUAUUGAGGCCCAUGACUCAUUAGUUGAAGCACUCGUUACAGAAGCAUGGAGAAGACUGGAAAGGUUUGAUGUUAGUGUGCUGUCAAAAUUUUCCUCUUGCCUGGCAGAUCAACAUUUAUAUUAUAGUCCAUUAAUGGGAAAAAUAGCUGAUAUUGUAAAUAGGAACUUGGAAAACAUACAGGACUUAAGGUCCUUGUCUGUUUUGAUGGUCAGCAUAUCCUCUUUAAUAUCACAGCGUUUUCAAGAGAAAUUAGUGAACAAAGCAGAAUUACUUUUUGACACUAUGGAUUCUUCCCAGGUCAACACUGCAAGAAGAAUAGUACAAUUUCUUCGAAAUAUUAAAUAUAGUUAUUACCCACUAUUAGAAAGGUGUAAUAAAGUAUUUUUGAGCAAUAUGAACCAUCUUGAUUUGGACUCCAUCAGUAAAAUACUUAGUCUAUACCACUCUCUACAGUUUCAUAGUUUUGAGUUUAUUUUAAUGACUAAGAAGAGGCUAACAGAAAUGAUUCCUCUGUUUGACCACCCUGCUAGCUGUGUAAAAUUGUUUGUAGCGUUGGGACCCAUGGCAGGACCUGAAGAAAAGAAACAACUUAAAUCAACUAUAUUAUUGAUGUCAGAGGAGCUGACUGGCCAGCAGGCCCUGGCAGUGAUGGGAGCAAUGGAAGAGAUGGAAAGCAGAAAUUCACGUCUGAUUAAAAAGAUUACUUCAAUUCUGCAUAAACAUUUGGAUAACUAUAAACCAGUAGAGUUGUUGAGAAUAACUCAAGCGUUGAUUUUUCUACAUUUUCAAAGUAAAGAACUUUUUGUGAAACUCAGAGAAUUACUGCUUAGUUAUUUGAAAGUCAGUGUCAUACCUAGUGAGAUUUCCAUCCUGGUCUAUGCUCUUUCGAUGCUCCCUUCUGCUCACCUGGACGAAGUGAGGAUGUCUCAGAUUGAAGCCAUUUUGCCACAGUGUGACUUACAUGACCUGAAUAUUUUUGCAGCAUCUGUUUUAAGAUGUAUUCAGUAUGAUCACAUGUAUCUGGAUAAUAUUCCUGGGAAACAGUUGAAAGUACUUCAAAAAUUAGAUCACUAUGGUCAUCAGAGACUACAAGAAUGUAAAAGUUUGAAUCUGCUGUGGGAAGAAGUUAAAUCUUUAAAAGGAGACUGGUUUGCUGAUUCACUUCUUGAAGAAACAGUUGUUACCUUACAGCGUUUGAUGGAUGAAAUUAAUUACAUCAAUGUUGCAGGGAUUGCAUCUUUUAUUUCUAGAACCAACAUCCUCAGUACUUCACUACUUGAUAAGAUAGCCUCAGUGGUCCUUCAACAGAUUGAAAAGAUUCAUCCUUUUGCAAUUCUUGCUAUUAUUCUUCCAUUCAGCACCCUGAACUAUGAUCCACCUCAAAGGGAUGAAUUUUUUGGAACUUGUAUUCAACACCUUAAUUCUUACUUAAGUGUAUUGGAUCCUCUCGUGUUAGUGUUUCUUGGUUACUCUUUGGCCACACUUGGAUAUUUUCCAGAAGAUCUAUUGAAGGCAAUUUUUAACAUCAAAUUCUUAGCCAGAUUAGAUUCUCAACUUGAACUUAUAUGUUCAUCUCUAAAUAUGAAGGUCCAAUUUCGUCUUAUGGAAUUAAAUAGAGCAGUCUGCUUGGAAUGUCCUGAAUAUCAGAUUCCAUGGUUUCACGACCGCUUCUGUCGACAACACUAUAAUAAAGAUUUUGGCAGCAUGAAUGGAGCACAACAGCAGAUUUAUAAAAUGUUAGCAGAGGUCCUGGGAGGAAUCAAUUUUGUGAAAGCCUCGGUUCUUACACCUUAUUACUACACAAUAGACUUUGAGUGUAUCUUGGAUAAAAGGAGAAACCCUCUUCCUUAUGGAAGCCAUAAUACAACUUUGGAAAAACUGCCAAAAAUACACUUGGAAUCAAAUACUCAAAUAGCUGGAUCAAGACUGCCACCAGGAGCUGAAAAGAUCGCUUUGGAAUUUUUGGAUUCAAGAGCAUUUUGUAGAAACAUCCCUCAUUUAAAAGGAAAAUCUGCUAUGAAAAAACGACAUUUGGAAAUUUUGGGCUAUCAUGUGAUUCAGAUCCCUCCUUUCGAAUGGAACUCCAUGGCAUUGUCAACAAAGGCUGCUCGAAUGGACUACUUGAGAGAACGGAUAUUUGGAGAAGGCAAAUCAUGACUGUAGCUUUUACUGAAAAUUAGUUAUCAUGUUGUGUCAUAUUUGGACUUACUUUAAUUAAAGUGACUUGAUUCAAUUAAAAAGUAAUAAGGUAGAAUUGACUGAUUUCUAGGUCAACUGAAUAUCUAUUAAAAUUAACAGACAUUUUACAAUUAUUUUCUCUACUGUCUAGUUGGGAAACUGUUUAAAAUUCUUAAGAUAAAAGACAUAUAGCUUUUAGGAAACUUAAAUAGUUUGGCAUUCAUUCUUUGAGUGCAUACUAUGUGCCAAGAACUAUUUUAUUUUUUAUUUUGUUUUAAUUAUUUUUUGUUCCAAGAACUAUUUUAGACACUGGGUAUACUGGAGUUAGUACAGUA